AUGAUUCCCCCAGGAUGCUGCGGGUUGAGGAAGCAUGUGCGAUUGCUCUGCAGCGUUAUCAACGUACUGUCCAAGACACUGUCUAGAGCAGGUGAAGGUGAGCUCAAAGCUGUCAAGCCUUCGUUGGCCGCUGUCGCCGUGAAGCUACCACCGUUCUUCGACAGCAAUCCUUCGGUAUGGUUCUUACAGGCCGAAGCGCAAUUCCACCUUGCCGGCAUCACUUCCCAACUUACCAAAUUUUAUCAUGUGAUGUCAGCCUUUACCCCAUCUGCGGCAGACGAAGUCUAUGACGUCCUGGCGAAUCCAUCCCCCACUACACCUUUCGAUCAACUCAAGCAGGCCCUUCUCCAGAGAACAACGUCUUGCAGCUGUUCCCGUCUGCAGCAACUGUUCUCGCAAGAGGAGCUUAGAGAUCGCCGCCCCUCUCAGUUGCUACGGCGUAUGCGGCAAUUGCUGGGCGACAAUUCUGCUUCCCUGGAUGACACCAUUCUUCGUGAACUCUUUCUCCAGAGGCUUCCACAAAACGUGCAAAUGGUCCUAGCCACUGCGGCAAACAUGUCGCUCGACCAACUGGCAACGCUUGCCGACGCCGUUGUCAAAGUUGCAAGCCCAACAUUGUCCGCGGUGUCCUCCCACCAGCCUCCUUCGGAACCCGCGCCGUUGCCAUCGCGCUCGCACCCACAAGCCACCAUCGAUGACCUCUGCCGCGAGUUCCGUACUCUCGCGUCACUCAUAGCCGCCUCCCAUGCGCCUUCUACAUCACGACGCGAUUCCAGCCGGCGACGUCAGGGUCGAGCUCACCACAGUCCAAGACGUUCGCGUUCCCGGUCAACUACCAGAGACCACAGCCCCUCCAUUUGCUGGUACCAUCGUCGAUUCGGUGCCGAGGCACACCAUUGCCUCCUUCCUUGCUCAUGGCACCAGGGAAACCAGCCAGCGGAUAAUUGAUGGCGACCAAUGGUCCAAGCACUUCUCCC